UAUCUGUGCUGCUAUUGGUCGGGUCCACAAUGAAUAAGCACAUUUGUCAUAACCGGUAUCAAAAUAUCACUGUGUCACUGUGACCAAGCGGACGUGAACGCUGCGGCGGAUUUAUUUCUUUCCUAAAAUAAUUUAAAACGACAACGAACGCAUUCCUUGUGUGAAUGUUUAAAGCGAUAAUGGAAAUGUGAGCAAAAAACACAGGAGUAUUGUUUUUUUCGAGUUCAAUCAGAGCGAGAAAUUCGAGCUACAUUUCAGUUUGCUAAGUGUAGAGUUUCGUUUUUGUUUGUAAACACACGUUUGUCUAAACUCGUAGCGAUGGCUGAUGGAAGUUCUUUCAACGUGAAGUUGUACAUUUAUGACAUGUCAAAAGGACUGGCCCGUCAGCUGAGUCCAAUGAUGUUAGGAAAGCAAGUUGAGGGAAUAUGACUCUCGGGCAGCAGAAUUUAAUAUACAGAGGAGUCCAAAGGCACACAUCUAUAGUGGUUUACGGGGAAGAGUUUUUCUUUGGAGGAGGAGGCAUUAUGAGCUGCUUUCCGGGUGGUACUAUUCUAGGUAUGUCUGAUUCCACAGUGGACCUUGGAAACACAGAAGUUCCCCGGGACCUUUUUCAGGAAUAUCUGUCUUCGCUCAGGGAGUCUACUUACAGACCUGAAAAAUACCACCUCUUUGAACACAACUGUAACACCUUUAGCGCUGAGGUUGCACAGUUUUUAACAGGGUCUAAGAUUCCCUCAUACAUCACUGACCUCCCAUCUGAGGUGCUUGCUACACCUUUUGGACAAGCGCUCCGUCCUUUUCUCGAUUCAGUCACCAUCACUCCAUCGGGGGAUAAUGGCAUGCAUGGAUAUGGCCAGUGGUAGAUCUGGCUGCAUCUAAAAAUAUAUUAUUACAGCAGUCAUGAAGCUUGUGUAUCAGACAUAUAAUAGUAAUAAUAAUAAUAAAAGUUUACUUAUGUUUCACCCAUUGUGCCUAUAUAAAAAGCAUUUAUAUAAAAGCAGGUCUUCCAGAUUUCUGCUCAGUGCCUUCAAACUCAAGUGAUGAGUUGUUUAGUCUCUUGAAAAUUCCUUCAGUGAUCUGGGCUGUAAACAAAUGGACCGGUUUGUCUGUAUAGUUGACUUUUCAUGACAGGAUUUACAGUUCCUCUGGUACAAACUACAAGUGGCAUAUAAUUACUAGUCAAGAGUUUGAAAUAAUCUUACAAAAAAAUCCAGCCAACUUUUUAAAUAUUUUAAAUGUACCAAAGCAAGUUGUAUCAGGAUUCCCCUCAACAGUCUGUAGGUGUCUCUGUUCUACCUCAACAUCAUCUGUUUAGUCAGAUGCUUUGAGGUCAAUAGAGGAUGAGAAUUAGGUUGGUCAAAUUAGCUGUUGACCCUUGUGUGCUGUUGACCCUUUUUCUGUGUUGUAAGUUGUUAUCUAAACCUUACCUUUACUCAGAACAACAUUUAUAGCGAUCCUAAAGUGGCAUGAAUAUAUACUGAGGAGGGUUUAAGGGAUCAGUGACGUCGCAAGAAGCGCAGUGUCCACAGAUGAAGCUAAUGAAUGUUGUGUAAAAUGUGCAGGUGUCACCAGCAAUGGACCCAAUAUGAAAGUUGUUGUAUUUUAAGUCUUUUUACUCUUGUCCAAUUGCUUCCAAUAUAGUAGGAAUGUGUCUUUGGUGACCAUUAAUAGUAAUUAUUCACCUAGCAGUAUGUAAUCCAUAACUAAGUGGUUUGGUGGUAAAUGGUCUGAACUGUGCUACUGUUGUUAAAAAAAAAUAUUUACAGCUUUCCUGCCUCAAAUAAACCUAAAUCAUUUAAAUGUGUUCUGUUAAAUAUCAUUGUAUCUCAGCUCUAAAUAAAUAAAGACAUUCUGAAAGUAUGAAAA